AUGCCGCGGAACUCCGACGAGGCCAUGGACACUAUGAUUCUGGAACGCUCGCAGACUGGAUACUAUCCAUGUGGAACCUAUAGCCUAUCCAAGAGUAUGGACAAGAGUGUUGUUGAUGGCCAGCUGAAAGUGCAUGGCUUCAAGAAUGUUCGAGUGAUUGAUGUUCUGUUUUCCACGUCAUUCCGGAUUGUCGUAUCCAAGAUCCGGUCUAUAUGA